AUCUGCUGCUGUGCUGCGGAAAGAGCGAGCGAGAGUCCCGUGUUCUUGUACAGGAAACAAUAUUAUCCUGCCUGAAUUUCCCACUGUUUAAUCGCCAUUUACGUUCUUCUUGCUUUCCAUACACCACCAAUAUGGCAAUCUUAAGCCCGGUGACCUUUACACAAUGGGUACUAAUUGUGGCGGCGGUGAUGGGACUGGUGUGUGCGGUGAAGGAUGGCGCGGAGUUUGAUGAGAAUGAGGAAGAUGUCGAUGCUGGAGCGGAUGAUAACAAGGUGGAAAACCGCGGUGCCGGUGUAUGGCCGCUUCGGGGUGCGUUUGGGGAUGUCAGCAGUGUGGCCGUGCAUCCGAACGGGGAAUUAUUCCUGCUUCAUCGCGGUCCCAAUGCAUGGCUAGCGACCACGUUCAACGAAUCCAAUGUCUACCAGGAAUUCGAGCGUGGCCCCAUCGAGGCCGAUGUGCUGAUUGGUGUAAGUCCUAACACCGGCGAGGAACUGCACCGCUGGGGGCGAAACAGAUUUUACCUUCCUCACGGAUUGACCAUCGAUGCAGACGGAAAUUUCUGGAUUACCGAUGUUGCUUUACAUCAGGUCUUUAAAGUGGAUCCGGUGUCAUUGGAGUUGACGCUAACAUUGGGCGAAGCCGGAGUGCCCGGAUCAGAUAAGAAUCACUUUUGCAAACCAACUGAUGUGGCGGUUACGUCCACUGGCGAUUUUUUCGUAUCGGACGGGUACUGUAACUCACGGAUCAUGAAGUUCGACAGUAAGGGUAAUUACCUAUUGGAAUUCGGCCGCCCAUCCGACCCGUCGACCAUUCCGGCACCGGCUGACGGGCUGAAUAUUCCGCACAGUCUGGCGCUGAUUCCCAAAUACGACUUGAUCUGUGUAGCCAACCGCGAAGACGAAAAGAUCCAGUGCUUCACGGCUGGUCUACAGGGUGACGUCUCAGCUGGACAAAUGGUCCAACAGAUCGCCCAUCCGGCACUGUCACGUGUCUUUGCCAUUGAUUAUUCCGUACCAUUGAACAAGCUGUACGCCGUGAACGGUGUCGGUUUCUCCCUGGAAGACAAGCCUAUGAGCAUUUUCAGCAUUGACCUGGCCAGCAACGCCAUUAGCUCGUGGAAUCCAGCGGAAGACGGCGUCGACAUGGUGGCGCCACACGACAUUGCCCUGUCGCCCAACGGACAGUACAUCUUCGUCGCCGAUAUGGCACCGCAGCCGACCAUCUGGAAGUUCGACAACAGCGACUACGAUCCGCGCAAAGAAUAACAUGAGCCCAUGCACGCACGCCCUUCAGCUGUAGUUAAUUAGAUGGAUAAAAACCAUUACACAGCAUUAUGUCAACAAUACACACGUGAUGAAGAGAGAUUCUAUCCAAUUUUUAUGCGUUUCAUAUUGAUAAUCCAUUUUCAUUGUUGCCGGUCGCUCUCGUGUUUCGGGAAAUUAAUAAUAAAUAUGAUUAAAUUAGGAAGGUCG